ACUGGUCAUCAGUUCUAUUUCAUCCAAAUACGAGUAAAGAUGUAUUCCAACAAAAUCCGAAUCCUGCUCUUCGUGGGUCUCUGCCUUGCGGCAGCUGUGACUGCUUCUUCCCUACCCGAUCCUGAGGACCUUGUGGUGGCCGAAGCCGAAACUUAUCUGGAGAAUUAUCCUUUGAUUCGUCGCGUUCGCUCCCCGGAAGGUGGCUCUGUGGUCAUCACUGCCACCAAGGAUCAUCAGGUGGGACGCGAGGCCAAUGUACAGUACAACCACAAUUUGUACACCAGUCGCGAUGGGCGUGGCAGUAUCGACGCCUACGCCCAGGCCAGCCGAAAUUUUGACCAGAACCGCAACAACUAUGGUGGUGGCAUCCAGGGACGUUGGCGUUUUUAAUGGCAGCCCCUAUAUAUGUUUUAUAGACGAGUAUUAGAUAGUUUCAGAGAUGAUUCAUCCAAGCAAAUAAAAUUGUUUAACCAAGAGUAA